CAGAGGGUGAAGACUGAGCGGUAUGAAUGAUCGGAGCGACCUCGGUCACCAAGUGCCCAGACUUUCUUCUUGCAUAUACCAGUGGAAUUAGGAGUCCAAUCGUCAGAGAAACCUACGUACCCAAAGUCAGAUAACCCGGUCCGAAGACAGGUGAAAUGUUUGGCCCACAGUGCAUAUAGACGCGAUUUUCACGCCUGUGGACAGGUUAGCUGGUCUGUUCUCAACAAUAGAGGAGGGCCUCGAUGGUUCCUCUGCUAUCGAAUGGCUUCGAGGGUUCGCAUUGGUUUGGCUGAAGUUGUUCAUGGGAAGACCCUGUGGCUGUGCAAUGGCCACUAUGACGAACUCAAAGUCCGCGCUCGUUCUCAUUGCUGACGGGACAGAAGAGAUUGAAUUAUAUGACGCACUUGUACGUGCAGGCAUCAAAGUAACAUCGGCAUACGUGGGGCCUCCUGGGAAUACAUUCGCUAAUUGUUCCAGGGGCGUACGGAUUGUGCCGGACGUCAGGUUCGACGACGUGAACGAUCCACUCUCUUAUGAUGCUCUCCUGAUUCCAGGAGGGGCGAAAGGGGCGGAAACGCUCUCGAAUAAUGCAAAGGUACAGGAACUUGUGCGCACCUUCAUCAGCAAGAAGAACAUCGUCGGCAUGAUUUGCGCUGGCACACUGACAGCGCUCAAUGCGAAGUUAGCUCGCCAGCCACUUACUUCUCAUCCCUCCGUGAAAUCCGAAUUAGAAAAUGAGUUUGAAUACUCAGAGGAAAGCGUGGUGGUGUCUGGAACGUUGGUGACAAGCCGUGGACCGGGCACGGCCUUUCCUUUCGCUUUGAAGAUAAUUGACAUGCUGGCUGGCGAGGAAAAACGAAAAGAGGUUGAAGCGCCUAUGAUGUUUCCUCCAAGGUCUUGACGAGAGCAAAAUAAGGGUGUGUUUCGUAUCCGUUCU